AUGGUCGCCGAUAAAGCUGAUGUGUAUUUGAGCUCCAAACUCCAGGCUGCAAAAGGCCCAGUCGCUGAUGACUGGAAGCUUCUUUUGGAUAAUUAUUCAAAAAAACUCUGGCACCAGCUUACAAUCGCCACAAAAACUCUGUUAAGUAAGGAGCAAUUUUUGAAGGAUUUGGAUCUUGCUGAGUUUUAUAACAACUUCAUCUCUGAAGUUGAACUACGUAUGAAUCCAUUGAAACUCGCAGAAAUUUGCAUUGUCAUUGGGAAGUUUAUUUACGUGAAGGAUAAGAAGAAGGGGAUUGAGUUUCUUGAGAAAAUUGGAAAAAUCGUUGCCAAGGAUAAGGUAGCAGUUGCCCGCAUCCAUACUGGAGAAAUCGAAUUCCGUUUGACUAACAAGGACAAAAAUGACCAGAUCGUGGAUUUGAAAAAGAUUCGAGAUCUCAUUGAUUCGACACAACAAGAAGUUGAUGCGCUUGUUGGGGUCACAGAAGUUCAUGCUCCAUUCUACAAAGUAUCAUCAGUUUAUCUUCGUGAAGUCGGAGAUUUUGCGGGAUAUUAUCGCGAAGCGCUGAGAUAUCUUGGAGUCGAAGAUAUUAAUAAAAUGACCAAGGAAGACAAACAAGUGCAAGCUGUUCUUAUUGGAUUUGCUGCACUUCUUGGAGAAAAUGUUCACAAUUUUGGAGAGCUUUUGGCACAUCCAAUCCUUAAAUCACUCGACGGAACUGGCGAGCGUUGGCUCGUAGACGUGCUUUUGGCUUUCAACAGUGGAGAUUUGCCGAAAUUCUACGCACUUGAGCCGCAUUGGAGUGGAUGGGAUGAUUUGAAAAAGCAAAAGGAUUUUCUUGUUGGCAAAGUGCGACUGUUGGCAAUUAUGGAGCUCGCUCUUGCUCGUCCCGCAAAGGCCAGGAACAUUUCGUUCAAAGAGAUUGCUGCCAAAUGUCAAGUUCCAGUUGAAGAGGUUGAGUUUUUGGUGAUGAAGGCGUUGAGUAAGGAUCUCAUACGUGGAGAUAUCAACCAAGUCGAGCAGGUUGUGCAUAUCAACUGGGUGCAGCCAAGAGUUUUGGAUUCUCAACAGAUCCUUCAAAUGGCCUCCAGAAUUGCUGCAUGGCGAACGGAUGUAAUGUCGAUGGAAUCGGUAGUGAGCGCUCAUGCUCAAGAAAUUCUCACCCAAAACUAG